ACAAUUUUGUUGGUUUGUUUCGUCAUUCGGCCAAAGUCCAAGAAAGUUGAUUCAUAUCAAAAUAUAAAAUACACUUGUUUUGCCAUUACCCAUCCAGUGUUCUGUUAACUUAGCGAGCAGUUGAUACGUAAAGUGCGUUAAUAAAUUAGAAAGUACCAAUUUUUGUGUUGAAUAUAAUUUAAAUCGAAAUAUGGCAACAGAAGUGAGUCAAGCACCGGCAGCAUUGCCACAAUUGCAGUCAGUCCAGAAGGCCAUGGCCUUCCCCACUGUGGGGGCAGCGGUCGAACAUGUUGGAGCAUUCUACUCUAAAGUCAAAGGAGCACACUCUCUCCUGGAAUGGGCACUGUCCACCGCUGAAGCGGGAGUAGUGCUGGCGGCAUCCACAGCGGCUCCCUACGUAUCCGCACCACUAGCAGUCGGUGAUGCAAAGGUCGCCGCCGCCAUCGACCAGCUGGAGCGCCGCGUGCCGCUCGUCAACGAGCAGCCAAAGGUCAUCGUCGAGACUACCAAACAAGCAGUGCUUUCUAGAAUAUCGCCGCAUGUCAACAAGGUGAGAUUAUUGUUUAUCGGCUGUUAGAUACGAUGCAAGGCU